GCAAAGACCUAAUGAACAAGUAGUUGUACAGCAGUUUUCACUCUGACAACAUGUGCACUGGAAAAUGCUCCCGUUGCAUCGGUGUUAGUCUGUUCCCAUUGGCGCUCAUAUCCAUCAUCUGUAACAUCGUGUUGUUCUUUCCUGGCGGAGACAUCAAGUAUGCCAAAGACGGGCACAUUACCGAGGAAGUGAAGUACAUGGGGGGACUCGUUGGCGGAGGUUUAAUGGUGCUGAUCCCAGCAAUUUACAUCAACUUCACUGGAGAACAAGGUUGCUGUGGAAACCGUUUCGGGAUGUUCUUAUCCAUUGCAUUCGCAGCAGUGGGGGUGGCCGGCGGCCUGUACAGUUUCAUCGUGGCAGUGGUCGGUAUUGGAAACGGGCCCUACUGCGUUGUUAAUGGGACUUGGACGACACCUUUUAAAAACAGUAAUGCCACCUACCUGACCGAGAAACACUCUUGGGGAAUGUGCACAGAGCCCAAGGACGUGGUGCAGUUCAACAGUGGAUUGUUCUUUACCCUGAUUGUGACCAGCUUACUGCAGAUGUUGCUCUGCGGCAUACAGAUGAUCAACGGCCUCUUUGGCUGCCUGUGUGGUGCCUGCAUCAAAAAUGAGGAGGCAUAAGUUCCAGGUCUGGAUGGUGAAGAUGCAAUCAUAUGACAACUGUCAACUGUUGAUUGGCGCCCCCUUCUGGAACAUUGCAUUUCAUGAUGCUUCACACUUAAGGUGUGGUGUGAUAAGAGCACGGUAUUAGAUAGAAUUCAUGCUAAUUACAUGAUCAAGUUUUAAUAAAUUGGCUUACAAUAAAAGCUGCUG